AUGGGUCAUGUCCCUGCCAGUUCCCGAGCUGGGGCAUCAGUGCAAUUCACAAUGAAUCACCCCUACUCAACAUCAUCGCCUGGGAAACCGAGAUGGGCGACAAGGAAUCGUCUAUCGCCAGAGCGAACUGAAGAUGGCCUCUACCAAGCUAAUAAUAAGAAGGAAUAUGUAAGCGCUUCAGACCACGGCCACAAUGGUCCUGCAGCUGCAGCUGCCCACAGAGCCGCAAACUCCCCAGUUAAUGCUGUUGCUGUGCUACAACAAUCCAGACGACAAGACUUGUAUCAGAGCAUCACCCUCUUCCCUGAGCUCAGCAGCUUAGAAUUAUGUCUUCUAGAAAGUAUGUUGCACAAGCAAAUUGAAGUGGACCGAUAUAUUAUUGGGCCCAGUUUUCGAGAGAGACAUCAGCAAGCCUUCGUUGAUUACCUGCAGAGUGGCAUGACCCUGGUCAAGGAUGCAUUCAUUGCCUGUAUGGUGCUACUGGUCGAGAACCCACAAAUCCGAAAACUCGCUCAGGAUCAGCAUGUUGGUCACAAACGAGCCGCCAAUGCGCUCGCCUCCCUUCGCCAUCUGGAGGUUAGUGGCUCUGACAAUUCGUCGGCGGUUCUUAUGCUAGGGAUUGCAAUUGUAACCUUUGCCUCGCAUCACUCUGGAGGGGAGUUACCGCUUUGCCGCCACACUCUCGACCUCGUUAAACGCUUUCACGACAAUGAGCCUACUUUUAUUAAGCAACUGAGCUGCGAUGGAAUCUCCGCGCUGAAUUGCCUGCUUGCGACGGAAACUUUUAUAUGCCUGCUGCGAGGCCAUGUGCCUUCCAUCAGAAUUCGAGAAGGAGAUUUUGACGGGCUAGUGGAUCGCUUCAUGGGGGUUUCGGCACCUCUUCUCACUCACCUUUACGAUGUCUGUCAGCUGAUAGAAUUGAUACGACGUUCUAGAAGGGAAUCAAACAACAGCCAUCUACGUGCGCGCCUCCGUACAAGGCUUAAGACUGUUGAACAAACCCUGCGGGUGUGGCAGCCCAUGUCCCUAGAGUCGCUGCGUGAAGGAAAUUUCACACCAACAGAGAUAACGCUGAUGCUUACACAAGUGAUGGUUCUGCGCCAGACAGCAUUAAUUGUGCUCUAUCGACUGCAACACGCCUUUGGGACUCAUGACGGCAGGGCUAUAGCCAUGUCGAGAUACCUUGUGCGAGAACUCCAUUCAAUGGUUCGCCUCACAGGGCGAUCCGCUCCAUGUCUCGACUUCCCCUAUCUGUUUGCAUGCUUCGAACUCGUUGAUCGUUGGGAAAGGGAAGCGGCCUUGUGCAACUUACACCUGGUGGCCGAAUUCUCGCCCCGGACUGCUGAUGACUUAAAGACCUGGCUUGUCUCAUUUUGGACUGCUAGAGACAAUAGUGGAGGCGGCUCCAUCUACUGGGACGACAUAGAGUCCCACCUUUUCGGAACCGGUGGUCGUAUGUGA